CCAGGCGAGCGCAUGCGCAGUGUGGUCGGGCGGUGUCGGUUCCGGGUAAGGCAGCAGCGCUAUCAGCGGCUGCGGGAGAUUCUCGAGCGGAUCGGCCAUGGCGGCAGCGGCGGCGACAGCAGCCCCAGGCGGGGCGGGAGCCGUGCCGAUACCGGGGGCGCCGAGGCUGGGCGUGGAGACGGUGAAGGGGCAGGUGUUCGACGUGGGGCCGCGCUACACGGACCUGCAGUACAUCGGCGAAGGGGCGUACGGCAUGGUCUGUUCUGCCUAUGACCAUGUCAACAAGAUCCGAGCUGCCAUCAAAAAGAUCAGUCCCUUUGAGCAUCAGACCUACUGCCAACGCACACUGCGAGAGAUCAAGAUCCUCUUGCGCUUCAAGCAUGAGAAUGUCAUUGGUAUCAAUGACAUUCUGCGUGCACCUACCAUUGAUCAGAUGCGUGAUGUAUACAUUGUUCAGGAUCUGAUGGAGACAGAUCUGUAUAAGCUGCUAAAGACCCAGCAACUCAGCAAUGACCACAUCUGCUACUUCCUCUAUCAGAUUCUCCGAGGGCUGAAAUACAUACACUCUGCCAAUGUGCUUCAUCGGGAUCUGAAGCCCAGCAAUCUUCUCAUCAAUACCACGUGUGACCUGAAGAUCUGUGAUUUCGGCUUGGCCCGAAUUGCUGAUCCAGACCAUGACCACACAGGGUUCUUGACAGAAUAUGUUGCCACUCGCUGGUACCGAGCCCCUGAGAUUAUGCUCAAUUCCAAGGGCUACACCAAGUCCAUUGAUAUAUGGUCUGUGGGCUGCAUCCUGGCCGAGAUGUUGUCGAACCGACCCAUCUUUCCUGGCAAGCACUACCUGGACCAGCUCAACCAUAUCCUGGGUAUUCUGGGUUCCCCAUCUCAAGAUGACCUGAACUGCAUCAUCAAUAUGAAGGCUCGCAACUAUCUCCAGUCACUGCCCCAAAAGCCCAAAGUUCCCUGGAACAAACUGUUCCCAAAGGCAGAUCCCAAAGCUCUAGACCUGCUGGACAAAAUGUUGACCUUUAACCCCAACAAACGCAUCACAGUGGAGGAGUCUUUGGCCCAUCCUUACCUAGAGCAGUACUACGACCCUUCAGAUGAGCCAAUUGCUGAGGAGCCAUUCACUUUUGAUAUGGAGCUGGAUGACCUUCCCAAAGAGAAGCUGAAAGAACUGAUAUUUGAGGAGACAGCACGCUUCCAGCCUGGCUAUCAAGGUCCCUGAGGGGUUAUUUGGACCGCUGGUCUCUGCUUCACCAGGAGAUGAUUUGGGACUGUACCCAGCUCCCCUACUGGAUUUUUGAGGGGAGCACAGGAUUCAGGGGGUACCAAUUUGGGAACACCCCUGUUGACUUGCUGUACAACUGCGCUUUGCUACGUGGCUGUGAACCCUGGUAACCCAUCUCUGGUCCCCCUUAAUGUGAUGUGUUGGGGUGAGACCCUGGUGCCCAGGUUGGGGAGGGGGAGAGGCUGCUCCUCUCCCCUGCAGGAGGGAAGGGAAAUCAGUUGCCCCGACCCUUUACCCCGCUUCAGAGAAAUUGAAGAGGGGGUGUCAUCUCCUUUUUUGGCAUUUUAUUGUCUUUGUUAAUGAGUUAAUAAACUAAUGCUGAGUUUAGCAGGGCCAUUUUUUGAUCCCUUGGGCAUUACUAUCAAGGGGAGUUGCAUAUAAAAUCCGGGCUCCAGCAAUCCACUUGAACCUCACUUCCCUUUUAAAGCUGGGAACAGAACCCAAAGAUUCUGGCACCUCAGCUUUGCACAAAAUUCCUCAAAAACACAGGGGUCUUAGUUCCUCCUUGUGCAAAUGGAGGGCAUGUCUGUGCUGGCUUUUGUCCUUGGGUUAGUGCCAUUUUGAAAAGCCUGCAGUGCACAUCUGACUAUAAUCACUGUGGGUGACAUCUGGUAUAAAAUGCAAGCUAAGAUCCACCAUCAGAUGCUGAAAAGUGUGCUUGGUUUGAAGAAGGGCAGAUGUCUCAUCCUUCUGCUUUUAAUGUGUUGUUUGAAAAACUGCAGCUGGAAAAGAAUCCUCUGCUUCCUCUAAUUGGGGAGGACAGAGUUUGUGGAUGUCUGCCUCACUUCUCACUCCUACCUGCAUCUGAUAAAUUGGACAGCUGGGUAUGUAAACUCUUACAUGACUCAAGAAAUCAAUAGGCCUCUGCAACAUGGCACUUUGUCUUCUUGCUGCUAUGAACUAACAUGGCUGCCCUCUAAUUCUCCACUCCUUGACAUUUUUAAAACUAUAUGUAUUUUUAACUCUCAGUCUCUGUCAUGCAGAACAAAUUCCAAAAAGAAUGGACCCUGCAAUGAUCAGGAAACAUUAAUUUAAAAGGGAGGGAAAGACUGGGAAGAUGAAGGAUGAUCACAUCUGUGUGUCCUGAGGAGACAGCCCAGCUACCCUGUAACAACUAUGCAGGUUGUGGGUGGAGGAGGCAUUUCAGAUACGUGAGCACUAAAAGGAGUAGUUGAUUUGUUUUGGCAUCCACUGUAAGUGGGAAUGAAGCCACCUUAUUUGAAAGUGAGCCCUUAAAAGGAGUGCCACUUACCAGAUGGACUAACCUCCUAAGUCCUCUCUACAUACGUGUGCCACUUUGGGUGAAUUAAGACUGCUGGAACCUUUUGGUUCCCAAAGAUAAAAAUUCUGUAAAAAGAAAAAGUGUAAAGUCUUUUUGUUUCCUUAGCUUUCUGGCUGAGUAAGAAGGAAGCAUCUCUGCUCAGACAGCAUUGCCUUUUUGUCUACACUCUUCUUCCCCAUCCCAGUGUCCUCCAGUGUGUUAGAUUACUUCUCUUGCCAUCCCCAGCCACUAUGUCAGUGAUGGCAGGAGUUGUAAUACAAUGUAUCUGGAGGGUGUCCAGUUGGAGAAGGCUAAACUAGAACGUAGUCAUGGUGGCAUGGGAUGGGCUUCCUUUGUGGGGUGUUAUAUUUUGAGGGAAUCCGGAUUGAAGGGACUUAAUGCCUCCCCAUCUCCUCCUGCUUUGAAUUGUAUAAAGACCCUGAAAUAAAUCAUUCCUUUAUUCCUUC